CCCACCUACCCAUCCCUAGCACUGGUGGGGCUCUGCCUAGUAACCAAGGACACUAGAAACCACUCCCAGGCCUACCUGUCUGCUUGGGAAAUUCCUGCAUGACCCAGCUCCUAUUCACAGACACCCCCACCCCGACACACACACACACACACACACACACACACGCUUCUAGGAAGUGCUUCUAGCUGCUACAAUCUUCCCUCUGCCAAGAGAGUGCUGCAGAACCCCCAUUGGUCCUCAGAGUCCUCUUCAUCCUCUUCCGUAAAAUGGUUUGAAUGGCUGUGUUUGCUCUGUUCUUCUGUCUGUCUUUGCCUCUCUGACCUUCAUCUGCUACCUCUUCUUCAGAGAGCAACUGACGUCUUUCCGUUCAGGUUUCCUAACUGUCCUGUUUACCCUUGGGCCACAGUCUGCCCUCCUGAUAUCAGAACCCUGAACCUAGAAAAUCAUCAAAAUAGCUGUCUGGCUCCUGUCACAUCUGUGCCAGAUGCUCUGCGAAGUUCUCACCAGAUAAAAACGGAUAAUUCCCAAGUAUCGACUAUGUUAGGAUCGGGACAGUGGCCAGCCCCUGAACAACCAUGAUAUUCCUGGCUUUCGCAAACCCCGCAGGUCCCUGGAGACCUUCAAAAAGGUGGGGAUCCCCAUCAUCGCAGUGCUGCUGAGCCUGAUGGCCAUCGUGAUUGUAGCCUUCCUCAUCAAGGUGGUUCUGGAUAAACACUACUUCAUCUGCAGAAGUCCCCUGACCUUCCUUCCGAGGGGGCAGGUGUGUGACGGCCGCCUUGACUGUGCCUCGGGGGAGGAUGAAGAGCACUGUGUCAAAGACUUCCCUGACAAGCCUGGCGUGGCAGUCCGCCUCUCCAAGGACCGAUCAACUCUGCAGGUGCUGGAUGUAGCCACAGGGACCUGGGUCUCUGCCUGUUUUGACAACUUCACAGAAGCACUGGCCAAGACAGCCUGCAGGCAGAUGGGCUAUGACAGUCAACCCACUUUCCGAGCGGUGGAGAUUGUCCCAGGCCGGAAUCUCACGGUAGCUCAAGUCACAGGAAACAGCCGGGAACUUCAGACGAAGAAUUUAACUGGGCCCUGCCGCUCUCUGGUUUCCCUGAGCUGCCUGGAAUGUGGAAAGAGCCUGAAGGCUCCUCGUAUAGUGGGUGGAGUGGAGGCCUCUGUGGAUUCUUGGCCAUGGCAGGUCAGCAUCCAGUACAACAAGCAACAUGUCUGUGGUGGGAGCAUCCUGGAUCCCCACUGGGUCCUCACAGCAGCUCACUGCUUCAGGAAGUACCUUGAUCUGUCCAACUGGAAGGUGAGAGUCGGCUCAAGCAAACUGGACCACGUUUCCUCCUUGUCUGUAGCCAAGAUCUUUGUCACCAAGGAAAAUGCCCUGAACUCCAGAGAGAAGGACAUUGCCCUCGCCAAGCUGCAGGGGCCUCUCACAUUCACAGACACCAUCAGGCCCAUCUGCCUGCCCUUCUUUGAUGAAGAGCUCAUCCCAGGCACACCACUCUGGGUCACUGGAUGGGGCUUUACAGAGCAAAAUGGUGGGGAGAUGUCCGACGUGCUGCUGCAGGCGUCAGUCCAGGUCAUUGACAGCGCCCGCUGCAAUGCCGAGGAUGCCUACCAGGGGGACGUCACCGCUGAGAUGCUGUGUGCAGGUACCCUACAAGGUGGCGUGGACUCCUGCCAGGGUGACAGUGGUGGGCCUUUGAUGUACCACUCUAACCACUGGCAGGUAGUAGGCAUUGUGAGCUGGGGCUAUGGCUGUGGGAGCCCAACUACCCCUGGAGUGUACACCAAGGUCACUGCCUAUCUCGACUGGAUCUACAAUGUGCGGAAGUCUGAGAUGUAACACUGCUGUCUGCCACAUCCGAAAGCAGCUUCCCCUCAGACCUGCCCACUGCCUGAUACGUCGAAGUCAGACACAGGGCAAGGGCCUUCUUGGACACAACCCUGGUGUUUCCUGCAGCAUCCUAGGAUGCAGACACACACGUUGCAGAAGUGCCCAGAAGUAUGUCAGGUGUGCUAGCUCAGCCACGCGUGCUUCCCCCACAACCCCAGGGAGACAUGCAGUCCAUGGAGGGAAGCCAGACUGUUGACUCAACUCUCAGAUGUGUUAUUCAGUCAAGGAGACUCUGUCACUGAAAGAAUGGAAGACAGCUCUCUCCUGAGAGCCCAGAUCACUAAGGGCUGAGCCGAGGAGAAAAAGGUCCAAAGGGCCUUUGUACUCUUUGCCCAUUCCUAAGACCACUGUGAUAGGAAAUCAGGCAGUUCUAAUGGAAGACGCAUAGUCUAGUGUUGGUUCGUUUCCGUUGCUGUUACCACUUACCACUGCGGUCGCUAUCAUUAAAUGGGUAUGAAAAAUC